AUGACCCAAGACAACCGCACUGCUGUGACUGGAUUUAUACUUCUAGGGUUUUCUGAAAUCCAUGAACUCCAGCCUUUACUCUUCACAAUGUUGCUGUUCCUAUACAUCCUUACCCUGAUGGCCAACACCCUGAUUGUUGUUGUAAUAAAUGGUGAUCACACCUUUGACACCCCCAUGUACUUCUUUCUCACUCAUUUGUCCUGCUUGGAUGUUUGCUAUUUGUCAGUCAUCAUCCCCAUAAUGUUGGAGAACCUCCUUGUGCAAAAGAUGGGCAUUUCCAUGGUAGGAUGUGCUAUACAGAUGUUCCUUUUCCUUUUAUUUGGUGUUGCAGAGUGCUUCCUCCUGGCUGCCAUGGCAUUUGACCAGUAUGUGGCAAUAUGUUACCCCUUGCACUAUGGGGUAAUUAUGAGCAGGAUUGUUCGCAAGAAGCUGGUGGUUGCUUCGUAUGUGUGUGAGACAGCAGUGGGACUGGUACACACCAUCAUCACCUUCAGCUUGCCAUUCUGUGCCCUGGUCAUCAACCAUUUCUUCUGUGAGAUCCAGCCACUACUGGAACUUCUCUGUGGAGAUACUUCCCUCAGUGAGAUUCAGGUUAUUGCAGUGGCUGUGUUUGCCAUCAUGGUCCCAUUCCUGAUGAUCAUUUUCUCAUACCUUCCCACCAUCCUGAAGAUGCCCUCAGUUGAAGGCCGGCAUAAAACCUCCACCUGCUCCUCGCACCUCCUAGUGGUGAUUCUCUUCUAUGGCACAGCAAGUUCCACAUAUUUACAACCCAAAUCCAGCUACUCCCCACCUAUUGACAAAUUGCUCUCCCUGGCUUAUUCUAUCUUGACACCGCUACUAAACCCUAUCAUCUAUAGUCUGAGAAAUAAGGAAGUGAAAGAAGCACUAACGAAACAGUGGAGGAAAUUUAUUUUUCCAUGA